CCGGGUUUGAAACGAAAUGGGUGGCGCCAAAGCUUGACAACAAAGCGGCUUUAACGGACAGACAGCGACCAGGUCAACAAAACCUCCUUUAGACUGAGUUCACCUCCUCAGACAUGUUCCUGAAGGACUGAAGGAGAGGCGGAGAGUUUAAUAUUUAAUUCAAGAGUUUAAAAUAUUCACUUUGGAGCUGUUACUGAUGACGACAUGACUUCAAAGACGGAUCAACUCCUCAUAGUAGUCUCCAUCCUCGAAGGUCGUCACUUCCCAAAGAUCCCCCGCCUCAGUCUGGUGGUGCAGGCGAGCUUCGAUGGCGAGCAUUUAGCCACGGACCCGGUGGAGCACCGAGAGCAGCCGCAGUUCAGCACCGAGCUGGCGUGGGAGCUGGACCGCCGGACGCUGCACCAACACAGGCUGCAGAGAACUCCCAUCAAGCUUCAGUGUUUCACGGUCGACUCUGUGAGCAAGAAGAGAGAGAACAUCGGCUACAUCGUCCUCGACCUGCGAUCUGUGCAGGAGGUCAGACAGGAGCCUCGCUGGUUUCCUCUGCUCAGCAGUAAAUACACCAAACAGAGACCAGCGCUGCUGCUCAGCAUGCAGCUGGAGAACGACACUAAGGCCUCUGAACCGUCUCCUGAUAGGUUCAAAGCAAAGAAAGCCCCGCCCCGACAUGGCUCUCCUUCAGUGGCUGAGCUCCUCCCAGAGCAGCUGGAGGCCACACUGAUCCCAGACCAGGGUCACCAUCAGGUCGGGCCCGCAGAUCUGUGCACCGACAUGUUCGUCCUCUCCGUCACCGUGGCCUUCGCUACGAAACUAGAGCAGUUGAUCCCCAGCACGAUGAAACUGUCAUCAGAGGGCUCAGAGUUCUUCUUCUACUACUCCUUACUCGGGAACGACAUCACCAGCGAGCCUUUCAGCAACCUGCUGAGCCCUGACUUUGAGCCUGAGCGCGCCUCUGUGCGCAUCCGCAGCAGCAAACAGAUCCUGCAGACCUUCCUGUCUCAGCAGCCCGGUUUAGAGAUCCACCUGUGCUGUGGGAAUCACUCUCUGGGAAGCACCGACGUCUCCCUCUCCGCUCUGUCGGGUGUUUCUGUCGAUCUGGAGAACAAGGCGGCGACGGUGGAGGGAGCGUUUAUCCUCACACCUCCUAAACGGAUCAAGCAGACUCUCCCGGCUCUGCCUGCUGAGCUGCAGCCGACGGUCGGCGUCGCUGUGACUCUGAGGAGGGAGGAGGUCAAAGCUCAGUCUUUACAGAGUAAAGCCAAACAUGCAGUCCAGACCAACCCUCCUCCUCCAGCUGAACAGAGCUCCUCUCCAGUCAGAGAACCUUCUCCUCCUCCCCCUCCUGCUCCUCUUCCUCCUCCGUCCUCUCACACAGAAAGUGAAGCAGAGAGUCUGCUGGAGGAGCUUCAACGCGGCGCAGAGCGGGCAGGACUCGCAGCUGCAGAUCUGGAGGUUCCCGUGCAGCAGAGUGAAGCCGCGGCAGAAGGCGGAGCUUCAUCCGUCAGCGUCUCUGCUCCCAAAGUGUCCAUCCCCUCCUCCGCCCAUCACUACUGCUUCUCCCUGGACCUCCGCAGCCUCGGGAACCUCAGCCUGACGCAUCCCAUCAGUGCUACUCUCAGAUAUUCGUAUCCGUUCUUCGGCAGCGCGGCUCCCAUCAUGACCAACCCUCCCGUGGAGCUGCAGAGGAACGCCGAGGUGUCUCUGCCUCAGUCGUACUGCGCCUUCGACUUCGCCGCUCUGCCUCAACAGCUACAGGACACCUUCCUCAGAGUUCCUCUCCUGGUGGAGGCGUGGCACAGAGACGCCACCAGCAGAGACCAGCUGAUCGGACGAGCCUCCAUCCAGCUGUCUCACCUGCUGAGCGCUGAGAGGAGCCGACUCCUCGCGUCCUCAGGAGAGGAGGGCUGGAGGCAGACCCACCAGGACCGGGUCGCCGUGGUCCGAGCUCAGGGCUCGGGGGAGAAGGUGGCCGAGCUGAGCUACGAGGCGACUCUGGAGGACCUGGGGCGGAUCAAAGCCAGAGAGGUCGUCGUCUCCGAGUCUUCACAGAAUGAACCUGUAGUCCCCGCACAGCCGCCCUCUCACCCCGCUGGUCCCACCCUGAACCCCGCGGCUCCAUCGGCCCCCAGAGACACCCUGGAGUACCGCACGGCCCUGGAGCUGGAGCUGUGGAAGGAGGAGCAGGAGGACCUCUUCGAUCAUCAGAUGAGGAAGAAGGAGCUGAGCCACAUGCAGGCUCUGGCGGAGGAGUGGAGGAGGAGAGACCGAGAGAGGGAAGCCGUGGUGAAGAAGAAGGAGGUGGAGUACAACGUGUUGGAGGAGCAGCUUCAGAAGACUCUGUGUGAUCUGGAGAAGAGGGAGAAGCAGCUGGCGGAGGCCGAGCUGGAGACGCAGCGGCUGCAGAGAGAGCUGAGAGCCGAACACGAUCUGACCCAGAGAGAGCUGCAGGAGAGCAGCAGGAGGCUGCAGCAGGACUGUGACCACCGGGUGGCGCUGGAGAGAGACAAAGCCAGACUGAUGGAGGAGGAGAGAGGCCGGCUGCUGCAGCAGAUUGCAGACGGGGAGAGUCGUUACAAGCAGCUGGAGAAAGAGUUCCAGCUCUACAGAGAACAGCAGAACGUCCGGCCUGAGUUCAGACUGCAGUCGGAGGUCAACCUGCUCACCUUGGAGAAGGUGGAGCUGGAGAGGAAGCUGGAGUCCACCACAAAGUCCAAGCUGCACUACAAGCAGCAGUGGGGACGCGCCCUGAAGGAGCUCGCCAGGUUCAAACAGCUGUUUCGGGGAAACUCGUUUUUCUCUAAUGUGAGCCCCCUGGCCGGUCCCUGCUCCCUGUCAUGGUUUAUCCAUCACGUCCCCCCGAAAAACCUCGUGGAGAGUCUGAGAAAAACUCCCCCUGAACUCCCCCAGGUGGAGAGCGGGCUCCCAAAACUUCAUGUGAGCCGGGAAGAAGGCGUCCGGGAGUGA